AAAUCAUUUACUUAAAAAUUUGUUAUGAUUUAUUCUUUCAUGUGUGGAUAAGAUAGUGUUAUAGCAUAGAAAGAAUUUAAGAUUGAACAAAUACCGCUGAUGGAAGUGGUCGACGAAGACUUGACUGAUCCUAUAACGCUUUUCGGUUACGAGCAACCAGCAGAGUACAGAACGGAGUUAAUCAAAAUCGAUGAAAAUAAACAAACAAUAGAGAGCGAACAUAAAGACAAAGAAGAACUAAAAUACGUAUCUUCGUACAGACGGAAAUCAUUUGUGCCCGUGUCUUUCUUCGAUAUUGCCAAUAACAUAAGAUUAUUAACCAUUUGUUGCCCACUUAGCAUUAAAGUUAUAGAUUGUGUUAAGUUUCCAUUGCACUUUAAAAGGCGAAUGGAUAGAGUACUAGACAUGAAUGAUAGGUUGAAAAAUACUAAUGACUGUCUUAAAAAUCAAAGUGUCAAGUCAAAAAAUAAUAUGAAUAGACUGAUAGGUCUUAGAAUUAUACGAACCAAUAUUGUCAUUGAUAUAGGUUCGGAAGAUGAAUAUGACGACAUUGAAUAUAUAGAAAUUGAAAAGGAAUCAUCCAAACGCAAUGCAUACUUAGAUGAUGUUGAUUCGGCAUUUCAGAGUGUCGGAACUGAUCUUACAUCUAUUAAUAAUAUUUCUAAUGCUACAGUGAUAGAACCUCGCAACAUUAAUGAAAAUGAAUUACAAGAAAAAGAAACAAAUAAUAAAAAUAGUCGAAAUGAUAAAAAUACAGGUAAUCAGGACAAGGGCAUAGCAAAAAGAAUGGAUUUGUUAUGUUCUAAACCAGAUAAUUCUGUUUCUUCCUUAGAAACACAUAAGAAUAGAGCUCCUAGUCAUCAUAAGCAAGUAGGAUUAAAUACAAAUACUAAAACUUUGUAUGAAAACGGCGAUAAUAAUAUCAGUGAGAAAAAUAGCAGCCUUCAUGAGUUUAAAGCCACAUUAGAAAAUAAUUCAAAUACAAAUAAAACUUUUGAUAACACAAACGAAAUACAUUUAGAUAAUGAUUCCAAUCAUCUAUACGUAACAAAGAAUGUCAAAAAAACAAACGUUAAUGAGAUUAAUAGAGAAACAGAUACCGGCAAUAAGGUACCACAAAAUAAAAUUACAACGGACGGUGUAAAAAAGGAUAUAAAAUUUCCAUUUCUCGAAUUUGAAUCAGAUAGUACAUUUUUAUUAUUACAAUCAGGUAGUAAUAAUGCUCCUCACACUAAACAUGGCUCAUCUAAUGUGUGUACCAAAACCACUUAUAUAAAAAAUGAAUCUAAGGAUAUUUGUGGGAAUGAUAAAAAAUCACAUAAUUCUAAAAAGAAGACUAGACCAGACAUUGGAAAAGUCAAAUCGUCUUCACACCGAUAUCGUGUUGAAGAAAAGAAAACUAAUAUAAAAAUAUUACCCGUCGCGCAUCCAUAUACUUUACACAAAAAGAAAAUUACAAAUAUGACGUCUAACAGCAAAUUUAAAGAGGCAAUUGAUGCAAGAAACCGUGCAGUGAAGAAAAACCUACCUGACGCAGAAAAAAUAAAUAAAGGCAAAACAAUUGAUGAUCUUCCUCAACAAUUAUCUACGCCUGUACGGUCAUCACCUUCGCCAUUAAAUCCUUUGCAAUCAUCAAACUCACGUAAUUCAUCCCAAUGGGCAGUGCCUCAACAAAUACAAACACAACAAUCGCUUCCAGGUUCGGCACCACCUUUAUACAGUUUUUUACCGACAACUUCGUUACGCCCACCUGAGACACGGUUGUCGCCUCCUUCAUCAAUAUUUCAAAAGCCUUCUCAUUUACCUCAACAGCAAGGUAAUAGUAAGCAACAUCAAGAGACGCGCAAAAAUAAGUCAAGAACCAACAGCAAAGAAGAGAAGCAGAAUAGUUAUAACGACAGUAAACAGGAUUCAGGAGUUUGA